AUGGAGAUCUUCAAGCAAUUGGAGAUUACUAUGCCCUUGACCGAAGCAUUGCAGCAAAUCCCUACUUAUGCGAAGCACAUAAAGCAAUUCCUCAAAAAGAAGAAAUAUCUAGAUGAGGAAACAAUUGAAGUGCAUGGGAAGACUCUAGUUGACUUAGGAGCUAGUAUCAAUCUAAUGCCCUUAUUUAUGCUUAAGAAGAUUGGUGGUCUGGAGGUCAAACCUACAAAAGCAAUCUUGCAAAUGGCAGACAGGUCCAUUAAGCAUCCUUAUGGUGUGGUAGAAGACGUGGUGGUGAAAAUUGAUAAACUCAAAUUUCUGGUGGACUUUGUAGUGAUGGAGAUGGAGGAAAAUAUAGAGAUAUCGCUCAUCCUUGGAAGGUCAUUCAUGAAGACAACUAAGGUUGUCAUUCAUGUGGAUGAUGGAGUUAUAACGUUGAAAGACCAAGAUGAAGAGGUGACUUUCAAUGUUUUUGAAGCUGGGCAACCAAUACAAUAA